GCAGGACUAACUUAACAUGGACAGGUAGAGAUGCGGGGGAAACAAUACAAUCUGUCACUUCUUAUAAUUUAGCGCUAUAAUGACAAGGGAAGAAACUAUGCCAUUGGAAUAAAGAGGGAUUUUACUGAGCACUGGGGAACACUAUUUUCCGCUAAUACAAAUAGCCUCGAGCCUUCAGGAAAACCGAAUUAGAUUAUGUAGAAGCGACAUCACAACCGGAUAACGUAUUUGUUGCAAAUGCAAGGAGUCUGACGCAGUAGCCUACAAUAUCUUACAACAAUUUGAAAGAAACAACAGAAGACGUAACAAUGGCUAUGCAUUUAUAUCAAGUUAGUAGUAUGUUACUAGAAAAUACAGUCGGGAAAAUGAGGGACAACUUGACAUCAGUGGUCCUUGCAGUGUUUGUGAUCACCCUAACUUUGGGAUAUAUUUCUAAACUGGUGCUCAAACAGUCACAAUCUUCUUCAGACACUGACAAGAAAUACCCACCAUACAUACCUUCUAGCAUUCCAUUUCUGGGUCAUGCCAUAGCAUUUGGGAAAAGUCCCAUUGAAUUUCUGGAGAAUGCAUAUGAAAAGUAUGGGCCUGUUGUCAGCUUUACCAUGGUGGGCAAAACCUUUACCUACCUCCUGGGUAGUGAGGCAGCCACACUGAUGUUCAACAGCAAGAACGAAGAGCUCAAUGCAGAGGAUGUCUAUUCUCGAUUGACCACGCCAGUUUUUGGCAAAGGGGUUGCCUACGAUGUACCUAACCAUAUCUUCCUGGAACAGAAGAAGAUGUUUAAGACAGGACUGAACAUCGCCCAUUUCAAACAGCACGUUGAAAUCAUCGAGGAGGAAACUAAGGAGUACUUUUCACGAUGGGGAGACAGUGGGGAAGAAAACCUGUUUGAGGCCCUGUCGGAGCUGAUCAUCCUGACAGCCAGUGCCUGUCUGCAUGGGAAGGAGAUCCGCAGCAUGUUGGAUGAGAAGGUGGCCCAGCUCUACGCAGACCUGGACGGGGGCUUCAGCCACGCUGCCUGGCUGCUGCCCGGCUGGCUGCCCCUGCCCAGUUUCAGACGAAGGGACAGAGCACACAGGGAGAUCAAGAACAUCUUCUACAAGGUCACCCAGAAACGCAGAAGCUCUGGAGAGAAAGUGGACGACAUGCUGCAGACCCUUAUAGAUGCCACCUACAAGGAUGGGCAGCCCCUGAAUGAUGAUGAGAUAGCGGGCAUGCUGAUUGGUCUACUCCUGGCCGGACAGCACACAUCCUCCACCACUAGUUCCUGGUUGGGCUUCUUCCUGGGCAAAGAUAAGGCCCUACAGGACCGCUGCUAUGCUGAACAGAAAACUACAUGUGGAGAAGACCUGCCCCCACUCAACUUUGACCAGCUGAAGGACCUGUCUUUGUUGGACCGCUGUUUGAAAGAGACCCUUCGACUCCGUCCACCCAUCAUGACCAUGAUGAGAAUGGCACGCUCUCCUCAGACUGUAGCAGGCUACACCAUCCCAGCCGGCCACCAGGUGUGUGUGUCCCCGACAGUCAACCACCGUCUGCAGGACACCUGGACAGAGAGGAUGGAGUUUAGGCCUGACCGCUACCUUAACGACAACCCUGCCGCAGGGGAGAAAUUUGCCUAUGUGCCCUUUGGAGCCGGCCGUCACCGCUGCAUCGGGGAGAACUUUGCCUACGUUCAGAUCAAGACCAUCUGGUCGACCAUGCUGCGCCUUUACGAGUUCGACCUGGUCGAUGGUUACUUCCCCACAAUCAACUACACAACCAUGAUCCACACCCCACACAACCCCAUCAUCAGAUACAAGAGGAGGCAACACUAAGAGACACUGAGCGCAAAACACAGCAGAGAAAAGAGGUUACACAUUUCAAUUUCAAGAAAAUAGGUAGCCAUUUCAGAUUUGCCACAACAAACAACCUUACCUUUAACUGUUUGAUUUAGAGAUCAUUCCUGUACUUGAAUUUAGGAACUGUUCAAAUGAAUGCACAGAGUUCUGUCUGAAAAUCAAAUUCACUUUACUUUGUGUUGCCCCCACCUUAUGUUUGCGGUGUUUUUGAGUUGCUAGAAUGUAUUGUAAGCCACAGGAGGCUGGUGAGGGGAGGACGGCUCAUAGUAAUGGCUGGAAUGGAGUAGAAUGGAAUAGAGUCAAACACAUGGAAACCACUUGUUUGAUGUGAGACCAUUCCACUUGUUCAGUUCCUGCCAUUACUAUGAGCCCGUCCUCUGAUUUAACGGGACACCAGCCACCACUGAUGUAAGCCUACACAGAAAUAUUAAAACCACUGAUCCUUAUCCAUUGCUUCAUAGAGAUCAGUGAUCAAACUGACGAGCACUGACUUUGUAUGUACUGUCCAUUCAUAAUUGUACAAAGAUAGAGGACCUGGGCUGGGUCAGACAAAGAAAACGGACUUGAAACAGGGAGGGACAACCUGCACUUGCUCAACAAGAGACACAUUUUCUGUUGUGUGCUCUAAUAAACAUGACUUAGUGUAUUGAGUGGGAACGUUGGAAGGUCAGGGUGUAGUUUAACCCAUGUAGUGCCAUGAUGAUGGAAAAUGAUUACCCCAUUUUGUUUCGAUUAAUUUUACUGUUUGAAGCCUAAUUUUGUGAACAUUGGCCCCUUUUAUAUACAAAUCAUAUCUAAGAUGAUGCCAUGUGAAUUCCAGGAGGCGAAAUCUCAUGUCCAAUUUGUCUUUACACCAUAAUUGCAUUGACUGUGCAUUUCCCCCAUACCAGAUUCACAUUUUAGCUUUUUUGUUUUACAACAGAACUAAUUAAAUGUGUACCUGUAAAAUCUAA